AUGAGCUCGAAUUCGAGAUCGAUUAACUCAUCACUUAUUCUAGUUGCGCUACUGGUUUUCGGGAUAUGGGCAUGCAAUGUAACAUCUCGAACGUUAAACGAAGAGACCAUGUUACAAAAGCAUCAACAAUGGAUGGCUCGUUAUGGGCGUCAAUAUAAAGACGAYAUAGAGAGAGAAACACGAUUCAAGAUAUUCAAGAACAAUGUGGCGUACGUAGAAUCAUUUAACGAUGUGGGGAACCGGGGUUACAAGUUGAGUGUCAAUGAGUUUGCGGAUCAAACGAAUGAGGAGUUUAAAGCCAUCCGUAACGGAUUUAAGGUCCCGUUCGGACUUGUAUCGUCUCGAACCACAUCAUUCAUGUAUGAAGAUGUGAAUGCAGUUCCAUCUAGCAUGGAUUGGAGGAAGAAAGGAGCUGUUACCCCAAUCAAGAACCAAGGUCAAUGUGGAAGCUGCUGGGCUUUUUCGACAAUUGCCGCUACCGAAGGAAUCACUCAACUCACCACCGGGAAACUGAUUUCGCUAUCGGAACAAGAGCUGAUGGAUUGCGACAGGAGCGGUGAAGACCAAGGUUGCGAAGGCGGGUACAUGGACGAUGGGUUCAAAUUUAUCGUCAAUAACAAAGGGAUCAACACCGAGGCGGGAUACCCUUACCAGGCAACAGAUGCAACUUGCAACACCAAAAAGGAAUCCGUUCAUGCCGCCAAGAUCACUGGAUACGAAGACGUACCUGCCAACGACGAGUCAGCAUUAUUGAAGGCGGUGGCUAUGCAGCCUGUUUCGGUUGCCAUUGAUGCSGGAGAGUCCGACUUCCAGUUUUACUCGAGUGGUGUGUUUAAUGGAAGUUGCGGGACAGAGUUAGACCACGGGGUUACAGCAGUGGGGUAUGGAACGAGUGAGGAUGGGAUCAAGUACUGGCUGGUUAAGAACUCGUGGGGAACGAGUUGGGGCGAAGAGGGAUACAUUAGGAUGCAGAGAGACGUUGAAGCUAAAGAAGGUCUUUGCGGCAUUGCUAUGAUGGCUUCUUAUCCAACUGCUUAA